AUGCGGAAGGGUGCUCUCAAACUAUUCUCAUCUUCUCCGCUGCAGAUGAUCACACUUGCCACCUACGCUCAGCAUGUGUAUCAGUACGCGCCAUCCGCCACCACGGAGCACUUGCGCCGCACCGUGUGGGAGCCGUUAGGACUUCCUAUAAAGUCCGCCUCCAUGACGACUCCUUCACCUCGUCCUCCGCAUGCGUCGCUCUACGCCGUCCCACCCAUCACCACCAACCUCCGCUUCACCGGCGCGAACAUCGAGGAGCAGCUUCGACGUUGUGUCACGACGACGAGAACCGACUCUUCUGCGGCGGCGGCCUCCGCUUCAAAAACUACGGCAGACGGGCCGUCAUCGUCGCUGCCAGCUUUCUCUGACAGCGCAGGCUCUUCACGGUACGCUGCGCCCCUUGUCUUUGAUAAAGUCGGCCUGCCUUUCUGUGCGUGCGUGCAGCCGCGUGUAAGCAGCCUCGCACAGUGGCCGCCCUCCUUCCCGCUGUCUACGCUGCCGACCACGACGGAGGACCCCUCGCAACUCCCUCUUGUGAUUGUCGUGGAUGCCGGGGCUGCGGAGGCGGUGCUGCGAGGCAGUGACCUCUACGCCCCGGGCCUCGUGACCGCCUCUCGCGUCUUCUGCGCAGGGGAGGAGGCGCUCGUGGCUUUCUACGCGGAACGUGUGUUGAUGGACGCGGUGGUCUCUUUACCCGCUGAAGCAGUCCCACACGACACAGAUGAGGUCAACGGUGCAUGUUGGCGGGUUGUGAGCUCCCUCACCGCCGGCAUCACCCUCCCGCCGUCGCAGUACACUCCGCUGCUCGGUGCGGAUGACGAAACGACCGCGGCCGCGCUGGCACAGCACCGCCGCUUUCUCGUGUGCGUCGGCAGUGGGACUCUCUUGAAGGGGUGGAAGGAGGUGCUGGGCCGACGCACGCGCGGCGUGGUGCUGCGUACCGACUGGACGCCGCAGCUGCAGCCCUCCCGUGCCGCGCUACGGGGUCUCCUCCACGUGGCCAGCCCUACCGACUCUGCGGUGAGCACAACUCCGCUCGAAGUUGACGAGAAGGGUGGUGCGCAGGACGAACCACACGACGCCUUCUUUCUCCAAAACUACUCCAGCAUGGUCCCUGUGUCGCUGCUGGUGGAGCACCUCUCCGAGGACGUCUUUCGGCGCGCCUGUGUGGUGCUGGAUGCGUGCGCGGCGCCUGGGGGGAAGACGAGUCUGCUGCUCUCGCUCUUGCAGGCGCGUGCAGCGCAGGAAGGCUUCGCCGCGCAGCUGCGCGAUCCCGCCGCCCGGGCGCCUUUUCGAGUUGUGUGUUGUGAGCGCAGUCGGCCUCGACAGGAGAAGCUGAUGCAGCUGCUGCAGCAGCAUUUCUCUAGUACGGAAGAAACGAUGGCCGGCGGAGGAAGGGUGGAACACGACUAUCUGAGCCGGGUGCUGGAGGCGCACUGCAUCGACGCGAACAAGUACCUGCGUAAACUGCCACCACCGCCGCUCCAGCACACCAACGCCUUCGAUGCCAUUCUGCUAGACCCUCCCUGCACGGGGCUGGGGCUGCGGCCGAAGCUGCUCCCGCACACGCACUCUAUCGCCUCCAUUCGGCAGUCCGCUGACUACCAGCGGAAGCUGUUCGACUCCUGUGUGCGGCAUCUGCGCUGCACACCGACGGCACCGGGAGUUCUCGUCUACAGCACGUGCACCACCACGCUGGAGGAGAACGAGGCGAACGUCGUACAUUUUCUUCGCACCUAUCCCUCACUGCGGCUCGCACGCGCCACCACGCCGGCCCAUCACGCGUUGAGCCGCCUGUCCGUCACUGCCUACGCACGCCGUUCAGCGGAGGCGGCCGUACACGAAGAGGAGGGAGCCGGUGGUUUGCCGUCGUCGCCCGCGGUUCUCCUUUCGCAGGAGAUUGUGUCGCUGCAGAAGGAAAAGGAAGACGCAGCGGCGGCGGCUGCAGCUUCGUGUGGAUCUCAUGUGUCGCCAUCCAGCGAUGCGCCGUUGCUUGUUUUUCGCUUCAUGCCCCGUCCCCUUGACGAGUACGAUGACCCCGCAGAAGACAGCGUCGGCUUCUUUGCUGCGGUGUUUCUCUGUGGCGGGCACGACAGCUAG